AUGAUAAGGCGUCCACCAACAAUUGUUUGUUACAUCUGUGGCCGUGAAUAUGGGACCAAAUCUAUUAGCAUCCAUGAGCCACAAUGUCUGAAAAAAUGGCAUAAUCAGAACAGUUUGUUGCCUAGAGAACUAAGGAGACCAGAACCAAAAAAACCAGAAGUUAGAACCAUUACUGCCGCCUUAAAUGAAGCUGCUUGGACGAGUGCCCAGAGCCAAUUGGUUCCCUGCGACGUUUGUGGGCGGACCUUCCUGCCAGACAGACUGAUUGUUCACCAGCGAUCUUGUAAACCUAGAGCUGCCAAGUAA